AUUUUAAAGUAGGCAAGCAUCAAAAAUACAAAAAGAAUUAUUUUUCAUCCUAAUUUAUUUUUAUGUUUCGAAAACGAUUUAAAGUUAUAGUGAAACUCCAUGGCUGCCGCUUUAGGUCGUACCAUUUUUUUGGGCAAUGAAGAAUACUCUAAUGAGGAGCUUCGUCGACGAGGGAUAUUGCGAAGGAUUUAACUCAACGAAAAGCUUAUAGCACUGCGGCCCAAUGAGUCACACAAUGUUGUUUUGGAUGAGGAACCGAUGGGUAAAUUUGUUAGGAUUGACCUGAAGGGCAACAUCGAUGCGUUGAAAACGAUGAACCCUUCGCAGGCAUCGUCAACGGAUCCAUUCAUCGCUGUUACCUUGCAAACGAUGAAUAUCGAUACCAAUGAAACAUUGUGGCAAUCGAACCUAUGGAGUGUUUACCUAGUCACGGACAAUCCAUCUACUACGAGCACUGUGAAAACCAUGCUCGAAGUCGCUGAUUGGAAUAAAAAAUCGAUUAAAAGAAGUCGACGGGACUGGAGUGAUGCGGACAUUCGAAUGCAAGUAAGCCUCUUGAAUCUGCAUAAGGACUCGACAGGUGUCUCCUUGACACUCGUCUCCAAUCCCAUUGAUCCUCAGACUGGGACUUGGAUUGGAGCAUUUCUUCUUUUACUGUUAUAUGUCUUGAUCGCAUUUGAGAUCACAGAUCGUGCAUUCGCCGCAAUCCUUGUGUCUGCAACGGCUAUAGGUAUUCUGUGCAUGAUGGACUUGCGACCAACAUUUCAAACAAUUCUCUCGUGGAUCGAUAUUGACACACUAAUGCUACUCUUUGGCAUGAUGGUCAUGGUAGCUAUCCUCUCGGAUACAGGUCUGUUCGAUUAUCUUUCCUUGUUCGCAUAUCGCCUGUCGCAAGGCAAGAUUUGGUUUCUCCUAUUUUACUUGUACAUGUUCACUGGACUUCUCUCGGCCCUCCUGGACAAUGUGACUAUGGUGCUGAUGAUAGUCCCAGUGACAAUUCGGCUCUGCGAGGCUGUGGGACUGCACACCAUCUUGGUUGUCAUCAAUAUUGUGAUUUUCUCGAAUGUUGGAGGAACUCUAACGCCAGUGGGCGAUCCCCCAAACAUGAUUAUCGCAACCAAUAAAGAUGUUAUCAACGCUGGUGUCGAGUUUGGAAACUUUACGUUGCAUAUGUUUCCCGGCGUAAUCUUGAGUAUGCUGAUUAUUUUCUUAAUUAUGUACUUUACUACUCGUAAUAUCAUCUAUACUGGUCGAGCUAGUCAGCUGCGACAAUCCAUAGACGCUCUUGAGCGUGUGGCGCGAAACAUGAAAGAUAAGGAAAGAGAGGAUGCAUUGAGGAGGAUCUCUGAACUAAAGGAGCGUUUGAAGGGCCAUGAGGCUAAUACAACGACGGCUAACAUGGACUUUGACUCCAAUUUGAAUGACAUGAAGAGGAAGUACAAAAUCAAGGAUAAAGUACUGCUGCUCAAAUGUGUCGUUGCUUUCGUAUUUGCCGUCUCGAUGUUUCUGUUACAUUCAGUGCCCUCCCUGCACGGUAUCAGUUUAGCCUGGGCUGCCGUCUUGGCCGCAUUACUGCUUCUCAUUUUGGCUGACCGACCAGACGUGGACAAAGUGCUGGAGCGUGUGGAGUGGUCUACUUUAAUCUUCUUCGCCGGACUAUUCGUUUUCACCGAGUCCCUUGUCGAAUUAGGUUUGAUUGAACGGGUGAGCAACAUGACCAUUGACGUUAUAAAGAAUGUGAACGAGGAAUCGCAAUUGCUUGUGAGCAUUCUAUUGGUUCUGUGGAUCAGUGCUAUUGGCGCCUCCUUUGUCGGCAACAUUCCCAUAACGACCAUGAUGCUUAAGCUGAUCAUUAAUCUGGCGAGCAACGAGAAACUUAAACUUCCCCCUGCAGCCCUUGGUAUGGGCUAUCGCCUUUGGUGCCUGCUUCGGUGGCAAUGGAACUCUGAUUGGCGCCUCGGCUAACGUAGUUUCUGCAGGCAUCGCCACUCAAUACGGCCACAACAUUGAUUUUAAACACUUUUUUUAUUAUUGGGUUCCCCGUUAUGGUGCUAACGGUAGUCGUAGCUUCAAUAUACUUACUUAUAGUGCACUGCUGGUUUACCUGGCACUAAUUCAUUUGAACCAGCUAAGCUAUACUUUCAUAUACUAAUUUCUACCAAAAUUCUUAACCCCAUCGAUUUUGUAUCGUAAUCCAGUCAAUGUUUUGGAUAACUUUCCGUACUAUUAAAGAAUACUUAACAAAGUCAAAUAUGGAUUUCAGUUGAACUCUUGAUCUAAUCAAUUAUUGCAAAGUGAUUGAACAAAAGAAAGUGUGUGUAUGUGUGUGCAAGACUAAGCUUUCAAAUUGCACAACUAUUAAAUCAAUAAAGUUUAA